GUUUCUUGGAAGGGCUUUUUAUACGAGCUAGAGCCACGACCGCUUUUUGUAUAUAUUUAUGCAUCUACUUCAAAGAUGAAGAACAUGAUGGGGAGCUGCAUGUUUUCGUCUGCAGUAGUUGUUCUUGCGAUUGCCAAUGUAGGAGCCGCUGCUGAGUCUCUCUGGCCCGUUGACGAAUCGCAAAAUCCGAUUCCGCUUCCAUCGCCUCUGUCGACGGUGGGAUGCGAAUGGCGGAACGUGACGGUGCCAGGAGUGUCUCCUCCAGGACGAGUGAUGUCCACCGCCGCCUCCACUACCGAGGGACUUUUACACGGUAGGACGUCUACCGUCGAACACUACGCAAUCGCUGAUGGGUGGUACUCCUCCACGGGCAAAAACGUAUCGGAACUUCGAAAACCGUUGCGCAAGGGCGACCUGGUACCGACGGGCGUGACCGCGUACGUAGCGAUACUCUGCGGCACGACGGAGGAGGACCAAAACGAGGCUUUGGACGACGGGGAGGUGUUUUCCACCUCGUCUAGUAUCCCUCUAGCUAUGCUGCAGGAGCACGUCGAGUCUUCAGGCGAUGAUUGGGGCAAAGGCGAUGCCUGGUGCGGGCCGGGUCGCGUAGAGGACCGGGCGUGCGUGUACGAGAAUCUGUGGCACGUGCCACCGGCGCUCUCAUUUUCGGCGGGGGCCAGGGUACUGGGAAUAUCGUCCACAUCAAACAUGGAGGAGAAGGAUCAGGAAGCCGAAGCACGCUCUAUUACCACCUCUUCCCUCCGGGACUGGGUGCUGCUUGACAACGUCAAAGAACUCAAACGCGAGGAUUUAUCUGCCAAGGACAAAAACAAAGAGAAGGUUGACGACAACGACGACGUGCUGAUGUCGACGACACUUUUUGCCAGUGAGACGAAUUCGCACGCUCAGUGGGCGGGUCGAUGGACUGUGCGACCACAAAGAAUCGCAGAGAAGAGCGUGCUGAAAGAAGUCGUUGCCGGUUUUUCUUUGCCGCCGCUUGUGGUGCGCGACGAAGUUCUUUUGGUUUCGCGGAGCGACGCAAGCGGGUCGGCCCACUUUCUGUACGAUACGGUAGUCCCGGCGGUCGCGGCCGGUGCUGGAGCGGCGUCGUUGCACGACACCUCUGCGAGUUCAGCAGGACAAGCGGAAGGACCUCCUGCAGCAGGAGAAGUAGACUCUUCCACUUCUCGCAGUGUUCUUACGGAGGUCAGCAACACCAGGGGGCCGAAGGUCGUGUUUGUCGACGAUUGCAGCCUGACGGGGCGGGGCCCUACCAUCGAGUUCCGCCAGCAGAACGCCCCGGCGCCGGCGACAUCUGGGGAAACUUGGUUCGCGAACAGCCUGUAUGCUAGCAAAUAUGUCUGGGUCUGAAGGAAUGCGAGUCUGUCGUGCUUUUCUCACAUGGCUCUUGAAUUUGUCAUGCACAUUACCCAAGAGCCCCAUUUUUCUGUCAUGCAGAAACGGAGUUUGUCAUGCAGAAUAGGCAAGAACACCUAGAAGCUCAGAAACUUGUCAUGCUGCGCCAGCAUUAUUUGUGGCCUCCUCAUGAUACGCCACCCAGCUUCACAAGUUUCCAGACCCAGACACUUUUGCAUUUGAUAGCCUGCGCAGUUAUCCGGCCACCUGCGCGAUCAUCACAAGACAAUGGAGCGACGCCGUGUUCGGGGAGGGUCAAUGGACCUCUUUAUCAGCGUUGACGCAAAACCACAGGCGCGCGGUGCUGUUCCGCCGAGCGGCGUCGGGCGGCAUGCAGGUUUUCUCGCCGUGGCAGAAAGACCAUCCCUAUCGGCGGCCGGGGCUGAUGCGACCACUGUUCGCACAGAUCCAGGAAAGGCUGGCGGCUUUCGCGGCGGGGGAUCGUCGUGUGGGGCUCGGAGAAAAUAAAGGGAAGUGCGAAAAGAACGAAGUGCAACCUCUUGGGGAAAAACGUGAAGUUGAUGCUGAAAAUAACUGUGCGAAAGAUCACAAAAGUCAAGAGCUCUAUAAAGACCAGGUGGCGAAGAAGAAGAAGUACUAUGUGACAAUCGCCGUCAAGAAAUCCUCCGGGCGACGGACGAUCUCAAACCGCGAUGCAGUCGUGGCCGCCGUGCGGGAAUUGGUGCGACAAAUUGCGGCAGAAGUAGAUUCUCCUCUUUCACCAUCCGCACAAGAACUGGAGGUGGUCGAACUAGACGUCAGCACGCCGACGCAUUUGAAACACCAGCUGCAUAAAGAGGAACAACCACUUGCAGUUAGUGCUGCAGCUGUUUUGAAACAGGAUAUCCAGAUUCUGCAAAAAACGAAGCUUUUGAUCGCGAACGCGGGAACGCUUCAGGACGUUUACGCGUUCUUGCUACCCGAAAAAACGGCCCUCUACGUCCUUCCCAUGUGUGUCGGCGUGCGGCAAGGGUGCGUCAGCGAGACCUUCUUCUUCGCGGGUUUGAGUCCGACAAUCGCGCGGCGAGAACACUUUGUGGAUGUGCAGGAGCUUUUGCAGAAAGCGAUGGAGCGAGAGGAUCAUAUAGCUAAAACCUUGCAGCAGGUCGAGAGCACCAGCCGCGAAGGCGCGGACAUAGUAGACGAGGAUGAAGCUGCUGCGUGGAUGUUUUAUCCCACGCUUUCGGAGAUGCUGUCGACAGCAGGAUUCAACUUCCCGGUGGAUGUGCCAAAGCUGGUGAAUGACGUGCGCGACCUGUUAGUCACAACACUGAGCAAGAGGACUACAUCGAGUGGCCUUGUUCCCUCCUCCGACUCUGCAGCGAAGACGCAAUCCUGGGCUGCCGACUUCCUAGACGAUCCCUUUAUCCGAUUGAGCACAUGACAUCGAGUUCGCCCAUGGAGGACAGGAGAAGAAAAUGGUCAAGUUCUUUGGCCAAAUUCUAUCUGUCACUUCUGUAUCUUCAUGAACUAAAACAACUACUGCCACAUGUAUGAUGGAAGGAAAUAAACUACUUACAAACAACAGACUGUAGGAAGAUCAUCACAAACCAGCUAUCGCAAUCC